UGCCGCGGCCAGCGCCACCAGGGCGUGUGCCUCGAGGCGUCCCCGCUGCGGAGCCGCAGCCUCGAGGAGGCCGCGCGGGAGGAGGAGGAGGCGGGCGGGCGCGCGCAGGUCUGGCUGGCGCUGGAGCACGUGCAGGACCCCAUGAACCUGGGCGCCCUGCUGCGCUCCGCGUACUUCCUCGGCGUGGACAGGGUGGUGAGCAGCCGCAGGAACAGCUGCCCCUUGACUCCAACAGUGAGCAAAGCCAGCUCCGGAGCUAUGGAAGUCUUCGACGUCUACAGCACGGAUAAUUUCCAGGGUUUUUUGAAGGCUAAAGCUGYAGAAGGCUGGGAAGUCGUGGGAACAGUCAGCAGCACUGAGGCCCCAGAAGAUGUUCCUGUCAUUAAUUGCUUGGAAUUUCAGUGGAGUAAACCCCUUAUUUUAGUAAUAGGCAAUGAAGGUGAUGGACUUACCCUAGAGACACAGCGUUUGUGCCAUCGGAUGCUCAUCGUGCCACCUGGCAGAGCCCUUUGCCCAGGGAUUGAAUCACUCAACGUCUCUGUUGCUACCGGUAUUCUCCUGCACUCCAUCUGCAGCCAGAAACUGAAGCGUGGUGAUUGAUGUUACCAUGGCAGGCGGUGGAAUCCAUCCAGCCCAGCCCUUCUGACCAAGGAAGCUGCUCAGGACAGGGAAGUUCAGCUUCCAGGGUCCUCUCCAAUGCUGCACGGUGUAAGGGAGACCCCCCGAGCUGAGCGUCCUGGCUGACGAGCUGCACUGCUGGAGUCCGACUGUCUGCACACCGCUAGGUACCAGCCCCGGAGGAGGGUUGUGAGGAAGUGAGGCAGAGCGGGGCUUUGGGAGCAGCAGCCGAGUCCUCCCGACUGCACUGAAAUGUCCAGCCAUGGCUGCACACCCGGCCUGUGUCACACGAGGGGCUCUGCACGUGGCCCGGGCUGCAGAGAGGGUUUGGGUGGUAGCUGGAGGUGGGUGUUGAGCGCUGCCUCCCACACCUGCCCCGGGCUGAGCCCUCUGCCCUGCAGCCGGGGCUCCGGUUCCGCGUGUUGCUGCUGCUGGCAUUGGGGACUCUCAGCAGCAUCUCCUUGCGGCGAGCUGGCUCCGCUGUUACGUGUCACUGCUCAAGUGUCCGGAAGCACCCCGUGUUGUAUUUGGUUGUAAAAUAGGUGUGCA